AGUGAAAAGACUUCCCAAAAUAAAAAAAGAAAGAAAAAACUCUAAUAUCAAAGCAAAAAUCAACAGCGCAGAACAGAUAGAGAAAGAGAGACACAGAAAAAUGGAAGCCAAGGUUGGGAAAUUUUUCGAGUCGGUGGGCAACUUCUUCUCCGGCGGCGAGAAAAUCCCUUGGUGUGACCGUGACGUAAUUGUUGGUUGUGAAAGAGAGGUUGCAGAGGCUCAAAAUGGCUCCUCUGAUGAGUUGCUGAAAGAGUGUAUCAUGCGUUUGUCAUGGGCUCUUGUUCACUCCAGAUUUCCUGAAGAUGUUCAACGUGGGAUAGCAAUGCUUGAAGCUUCUGUGGCCAACAGUGAUACCAGCCCGUUGCAGUUAAGAGAAAAGCUUUAUCUUCUGGCAGUUGGUUAUUACAGAAGCGGAGACUAUACAAGGAGCAGGGAACUUGUUGAACAGUGUUUGAUGAUUGCUCCUGAUUGGAGGCAGGCACAAACCCUUAAAGCAACUCUUGAAGACCGGAUCAAAAGAGAUGGUGUUAUUGGAAUUGGCAUUGCUGCUACUGCUGUGGGACUGAUAGCUGGUGGGAUUGCUGCAGCGGUGGCUCGGAAGAAGUAAGCCAACCCUCAUGAUUCACUUACACCCCCUCAAAUGUAUGGGAAGAACAUAAGCUUUUAUCCUCGGAACCUUCGUUUCCUGUUUCUUUACAACUUUAUAUUACAAAUUUUGUCUCUUGUCUUUUAUCUUUAGCACUUUCAUGUUGUAUAGCUAUUUUCUUGUAAAUCAAAAUAUUAAUAUCGUGGUGUCUUUCUUCUUGGUAAAAAUGGUUGUUUUGUUA